UCUCUCUCUCUCUCUAAACCCCUUCGUCUUCCCCAAAAAUGCAGUUUUUUCAGGUACUCUCCAAAACCCAAAACUCCCCUCGGCUUAUAAACCUCAUUUUGAUCACAUCUUCUCUCUGCAUAAUCUAUGUCCUCUUAUCAUUACUCCUUUUCCCCAACACCAAGCUCUUAAAUCUAUCAGUUUCUGUACAAGAUGUACCGUCGAAUCCCACCUCUCUGGAGCAUAUUGUUUUCGGGAUCGCCUCGAAUAAAAGAUCGUGGCCGAAGAGGAAGGAAUACGUUCGUCUAUGGUGGAGGCCUCAGCAAAUGCGAGGAUGUGUUUUUCUCGAAACCGUGAUGCCCAAGUCGACUUUUGAUAAUGACUCUGUUUCUCUCCCUCCUGUUUGUAUUUCUGAGGACACUUCAAGCUUUCAUUACACCUACAGGGGUGGACUCAGGUCGGCGAUUAGGGUGGCGCGUGUCGUGUCGGAAACUGUCGCCUUAAAUCAUUCUGACGUCAGGUGGUUCGUGUUCGGCGACGAUGACACUGUUUUUUUCCCGGAGAAUUUGGUGAAGACACUGUCAAAGUAUGAUCAUGGGCUUUGGUACUACAUUGGGACGAAUUCGGAGAUUUAUGUGCAGAACAAGUUUUUUUCUUUUGAUAUGGCUUUUGGAGGUGCUGGUUUUGCUAUAAGUUAUCCUCUGGCAAAAGUUUUGGCGAAGGUGUUUGAUUCAUGUCUUGAACGAUAUCCACAUCUCUAUGGGAGCGAUAGCAGAAUUUCUUCUUGUUUGUCAGAGCUUGGUGUCUCUCUGACCCGAGAGCCCGGUUUCCAUCAGAUGGAUAUUCGGGGCAACAUGUUCGGACUCUUGAUCGCACACCCACUUACACCAUUGGUAUCUCUCCACCACCUGGAUGUAACAGAUCCAAUCUUCCCCAACAUGACUACAAUCAAGGCCUUAGAACAUUUGGUUGAAGCUUCAAAAUUUGACCCCCAUAGGAUCUUACAACAAACAGUUUGUUAUGACCGAUGGUUCUCUUGGACAAUUUCUGUGUCAUGGGGGUAUGCCGUUCAAGUGUUUGAACACAAUGUGUUCUUGCCGGAGGCAGUUCGGGCCGAGGAAACUUUCCGGCCAUGGAAGAAGGGGAAUGCUAUUGACACAUUGUUGAAUUUGAACACAAGGAGGCAACACCCCGACCCGUGCCGGAGGCCAGCCGUGUUCUUCCUUGAUAAGGUGUCAUCUGGUAUAGAUGGGAUUAAGAGUGUUUACAAGAGAAUGAUCCCGGAAAAUUGCACCUUGGCCAUGGUUUCACCGAGGAGAGUCGAGGAGAUCAGAGUUUUCUCGCAGCAAUUGAACCUUGACACGAAACAGUUGCAAGCCCCAAGACGGCAUUGUUGCGAUGUACUGCCUUCAUCAACUGCAGAAGUGAUGGAAGUUGGCAUUAGAGAAUGUGGUGAAGAAGAAUUAAUUUACAUGCAUCCCUAA